AUGAAUAUAAUGAUAGAGCACCCAAUGUCAUCUCCAAAAUUAGAACGGCCUAUAUUUGCACGUUACCAGCGGAGGCUAUCAAAUGUCAAAGAUAUCACUUCAGAAACUAUGGCUUAUUUUAACCAGGAAAGGAACAAAACAAUUAUAAUUAAAUUCAUUCUUUCGCUUUCCCCUGAUCAAAGAACGCCAGAAAUGAUUGAAAAAGUGUAUUCAUUGACAAAAGAUCUGGCAUUUUUUAAAACUAUUCGGGAAGAGCAUACCGAAGAUAAGCUUUUUUAAUAUAACAUGAUAACAGACUAUAAGUGCAUAAUCUAUUUAAUAUUAGAAAAAAUUUAAUUUUUAGAUAUUAUAUAUAGAAAAAUCAACAUAUUCAUUAUUCGUGCUGCAAAUAUUUAAAUUUUGAGUUUCAUCCUGCUGGAUCGGUUAUUAUAAAACAGGGAGAACCUGGUUCAAAAUUUUAUAUUUUAAUAGAAGGAUCUGCAAAUGUUAUAAGGGAAAAUGAUGACGGUAGCAUGAAUUUAAUAGCAGAAAUAGGGGAUGGGGAAUCAUUUGGUGAAAGGUCACUUUUAUUAGGGACUAAAAGAGCUGCAACCGUUAUUGCUGUUGAGGAUUGCUCUCUAGGAGUACUUGUAGCAAGUGAUUAUAAAAAAAUUUUGGAAUCUUUUAUGGAAGACAGAUAUAAUGUCCUUAUAGAGAUGCUUACUCCUUAUUUAUUUUUAUUAAUUUUUUAUAUUUAAAAUUUGGCCUGUAAAAUUUAAUAAUCCAUAAAUUGAUAUAUUUAAGGCCAUGAAUUUAGACAUUUGCCUAUGUUCAAAGACCAAUCUCUUAAUUAUUUACAAAGAUUCACAUAUUAUUUUAAAUCAAAAAAGGUGAAAAAGAGACAAAUAAUUUUCCAAGAAGGUGACCCUGCUGAUAAAGUCUACUUAAUCCAAGAUGGCGAAUUCAGCUUAUUUAGAACUCUUACUGUUUCUAUAAAAUCUUCAAAGCCAUUCCCAGAAAAAUCUCCACUGAAAACAAAAAAUAUUUCCAAACAAAGCCCAAUUGCAAUAUUAUCUAUAGGAACAAUGUUCGGAGAAGAAGAAAUUACUUCAGGAGAAGCCAAAAGAAGCACGACUUGUAUAUGCACUUCAAAUAGCGGCCUAUUAUUGAUUAUUAGCAAAGAAAACUUUUUGAAGCAAAUCAUGAAAAAUGAUGAUGCAGUCAAUUUUAUAAGAAAUAGGACACAAAAAAAAUUACAGACAAGGCAAAAUAUUUUUGAUAGAAAAAUUAAAGUACAAAAAUUAAAUUCAGGAAUUAUUCCAUUAGUAAUUGAUAAGAACUGCCCAAAAAAAGAGCCAUUAAAAGCUAUUGAAAGCUUGCCACAGCUUGCAUCUCCAAAGCGCGCAAGUGGAAAUUUAUUUUCACCAAGGAUUAUUUUGAAUUCAUCAACAUUUAUGUUUCCAUCUGAAAAAGAUUACGAUAAUAUGCCCUUGUACUAUUGGAUAAAAUCCAAGCGCUAAGAUAUAUUUAAAUCAAACUAAUUUAUUUUAAAGUCAUGUAAGUGAAAUUAUUCUUAUAGAGAAUAACAUAUCUAGCUGUCCUAAUAAAAGGCAUGGUAGUCUUUGCUCAAUCAUGAUUUCAGAAGCAUCAGAUCAAUCCAAGCUUCAGCUUUGCAAAUCCAGAGAAGAAGUAAAUUUUUCAACGCUUUCCACAGAAUUAAAAGAUUCCUUAAAUUUUAGAAGACAAAACAGCCUCUUUUCAUCUGGCCAAGCAUAAAACACCCCACCUCUCUCAAUGCCAAACUACCUAGUUUUGAUAAUAAGAAUUUUAAUAGAUAUUCAAAUUUUCGCUCCUAAGAUAUUAAUACAUUAUUUAUAGCAUGUUUGCAUAUAUAUUCAAUACUUUAUUUCAUAUCUUCUAUAUACAAAAUAUUUGUAUCGGUAGCAAAUUUAACUCAUAAUUUUGUAUUAAAUUUAAGUGAGAUAUAUCAUACUUUAUAUGUAAAUAAGUUAUUUAAGCAUAUUAAAUAUGUUAAAAAACGCAUUAAUUUAGCGAAAUCGAUGCUAGAUAUUGUAUGUCCCUAUGAUAGAUAAGGAUGCUUGAAUUGAUUUACUUGUGUCUCUACAUUUUAAAGCAGUAUUCAACUAUAGAACUUGCCCGAGGAUGGCGCUAUUUUGCGCCAUCCUCGGGCAAGUUCUAUAGUUGAAUACUUAUUAAGUGAUACUCAGCGUAUUUCUCUAUUUACUCUCUUAUCCAUUAGUCUAAAAAAUUUUCCAUAAUAAAAUUUUGUAUAUAGUAGAAAUAUGAAAUAAAGUAUUAAAUAUAUGUGUAAACAUUCUAUAAAUCACGUUUUAAUUGCUCACUAAAUACUGCAAUAUCUCUUACAUUUCUUAUUAUCAAGACUAGGUAGUUUAAUAUUGAGAGGGGUGGGGGGUUUUAUGCUUAACCAUUCAUCUACUUCUUCUGAUGAUAAAACACAAAACAAAAAUCUAAAAACCAAAGAUGAAAUCAACUAUUUAACAUUUUCAGUAGGAGUUCAAGAUAAAGAAUUAAAGAGUCCAGAUAUGAAAAGAAAGAAAUCUGCCAGUAUAAGCAUUUACAAAAAGUGGGCAGAUAGUAUAAGUAUAACAACGGAUAAGAAAUGGGGUAUGGAUAGUCCGACUAUAAAGCAUACUGCUUUAGAAGACGGCUCGCCUAUACAAAGAAAAUCUUUAGGAGCAUCAUCAUCACUAGGAUAUCUAUGUUUUGAUGAUUCUGGCAGUCCGCAUUGCAUACUUAUUAAAAGGGCGUGAAGAGCCAGCCUAAUCUCUUAAUGCCUAUAGUAUAAAACUGGAGACUGUAUGGAAGAGGUAUUCCUGAUUGGGAAAGGCGGUGUCUGAUUAGCCGACCGCAUGCUCACAGCUAGAUUAGGUUCUUACCUCAUGGGAAUAUAUUCGUUAGAGCAAGAAAAGGAAUACCUAGCAAGGCAAGUAUUUCUCACUUAGCCAAUUUAGCAAUUUCCUAGUGCAGCAUGAGGCUUUGCAUCCUGGGCCAACCAGAAAAUUGAUUUCUCAAAUUUUCAUGAAGGCAAAUAGGCAGGCGGCAUGAUCCAGCGUUUCUGACUCUCCGGUAGCAAGUGCAAGAAAUCGUCUGUGAGGAACAUCAAAUUGGAAGGCUAUUAGCUCGGCCUGCAGGGACCUUCUAUAAACUUAGCUAAGAAGUAAGGUAAUCGCAUUGCAAAGAAACUAGGCAAAAAAAUGAAUCCAAUGUGAUCAAUAUGCAUACUCAUCUUAUGAAAUCGAAAAGCAAAAAAUACCAUAAAUUUAAUUCACUAUGCAAGACAACUAAGCGAAAAAUUAAAUUUUAUAAUGAAAAUCAGCCUGAAUUACAAUUUCAAGACAUGGAAGUUAAGUCUAUGCAUUAUAAAAUGUAA